AUGCAGGUGACUGCGGUGCAGUACAUAUCGCAUCACCGCCCGCCCGCAAUUUUGCGUAAAAUUGGCAGCGUGCGACGGGCGGGCGGCGGCAGCGGCGCGGAGCGUCGAUCCCGAAAUAGUGUUCGGGCGCGGUCGUGCGCGAUCGGGAGCGGCGCUCCAGUCGCCGUGUGGCCGCGCGCGCGCUCCCGCGUCGCCUCGAGCCCCGAGCUGUCCGUACCCGGGACCCCGGGCCGCGUCGGGCGCGCUGCCCGCGCGCUGGCCGCCGUGCUCUGGUGGUGGUGCGUGGCGCUGCUGCGGCUGGUCGCGCUCUGCGCGCCUCCCCCCAGCCCGUCCGCCGGCGCGCCGCCGCCGCUCGCCGCCCGCGCCGCGGAAGAUGCGCCGCCGGCGGCCGCCUGCGCCAGCGCGCCCUCCAACCACACCGGCCACGCGCCGCCUCCGCCGCCCCGACACCCGCCGACACCGGCGCCCGACCCCGACCCCACACCACACACCGAGUGGUGGUGGGCGGGCGCAUGCGCGGGCGCCGCGGUGGUGGCGUGCGCUGCGGGCGCGCUGGCCCGCCCGCUCCUGCGCCGCCGGCGCGCUGCCGCCGCAGCCGCCGCCGCUUGCCCCAUGCUCUCGGUACAAGUGCCGGGGUGCGCGGGCAUGGAGCGGCUCGGUGCGCCGGGGGGGCCGCGCCUGCGACACGAGCACAGGCAUCACCACUCUGCAGAAUGGGAAAAGCAGCAGCGAAUACAGGCGAUGGUGGGGAGAAUUCAAGAGAUGGUGGAGCAAGACGCGAGAGCGCGAUCUGCGGCCGCCGCCGAGCGGCUCGGCCUGCCACCGAGCAUACAGUUGCCGGACGGCGAAUACGGGCAGGACGCCCAUUUGCAGUUACGAGUCCCUUAUCAGCAAGCCGAGUUGAUGAGAAGUUUUCAGCCUCCACCGAACAAGUGCGUGAGCGACGUGCCCGAGUGGGCGGAGGCGCGGCGCGGGGGCGGCGGGGGAGGCGGAGGCGGCGGGUGCGCGGCGGGCGGCAGCCACAAGAAGGACGGGCUGCUGCAGAAGGCGACGCGCUGGUGGGGCCGCAUGGGCGCACGCGGGCCCGGCGUGCCGGGCGUGCAGGCGGUGCCGGGCGUGCAGGCGGUGCCGGUGCCGGCGCUGCCGCCGCCGCCGUGCGUGAUGGUGCCGCGCCGGACGCCGCCCACGCCGCCGCCGCCGCCCGACGCGUGACGUCACCCGGCCCGCGCCUCCCUCUACCAUAUCACGCUUACAUUCCAUUAUCGGGACGAUCAGACUCGCCGAGGUUCUCGCUUGUCCCGGAGUAUUAUAGACUUGGUAUUUAUUUAUUUGGGACUCCCGGCCUCGG